UGACGUCCGAGAAUGAUGAUUGUCUCACACACACACCACACGCACGUAUACUCUUUGUUUAUUUAUCUUAUCGCACUUUUUUGAUAGGUUUGAAUAACUGCAUCUGUUUGAACAAUGGCAUAUUUCGAGAUUGCAUGGGAGAGAGACACUUUAUUGUAGUAUUGUAGUGAGGCAGUAUUUGGAAAAACAAGAGUACAGCACAUUUAGAAAUAGAGAAGAAAAUAACAAAAUAUGUCGCAGAUCACUGAUAAGCUACUGGGAUGUAUUGUCUUGUAAUUUUAUUCUUUUUUUUUCCUUCAAAAAGCUCUCCUUCGUGGGAGGAGUUAGGUGCAACAGCUGGCUCUCUUUACAUACUUUUUCGCAGCGGAGACAGACACAUCUCCCGAAGCAACAAAAAAAAAAGGCGGACGAUUGAACAGCAGCAUUAAAUCUGAUCUCGCCUCUCUUUAACACAGGAAUUGUAUAUGAUUUGCUUCGAAACACGUUAAGCACACGACCAGAGAAGAAAUCGACACUUCUGGAAAAUGUUCUGGGACAUAUCUUUUUCCGGAUUUGGGAGAACUAGCUACAGAUCUUGAACGAUUUCCUAGAAAGAUUCUUAAUCAGUCCUGAUGUUUGCUAUGGAAGGCAUGCCUGUUAUGGACUGCCUGAAGGACUUCAAUCACUGAAGUUGAAGAGGGAGAGAGAAGUGGAUUUAUCCCAUUUUUUCCUCGGGAGGUACAGGUACCUAGUGGACCACAUAGACCAAAGUGAUCAACAUGUCUAUUUGGGUGAUCAUACCCAUCAGCCUUCCUGUCCUCACCAUCACUGGGAUAUGGGUUGUGCUGUAUAAUCAGUCGUGUGAGGAGAAGCUGUCUCUACAGAGGGGUCCUGAGCUGUGCUGUACCCUGGACAAUGUCCCACUCAUCAGUAAGUGUGGCACCCUUCCCCCUGAGAGUUGCUUCUUCAGCCUCAUCUGCAGUACCGGAUCCUUCAUGGUGAUUUUGAUAGGGCUGCUGCGGUAUGCCCACGUCAUAGAGAAGCACCAGAACUGUGUCCUUAACACUGCCGGCCUUUCCACUGGCUGGAUCUGUGCUGCAGGACUCAUUAUGGUGGGCAACUUCCAGGUGGAUUAUGCCAAAGUGCUUCACUACGUGGGUGCAGGGGUGGCUUUUCCCACCAGUAUCCUGUUUGUGUGUCUGCAGUCAGCCCUGACCUACCGGCUGGCGAAGACCCAGAGAGAAUAUAACGUGGGCCACCUUCGACUGGGGAUGAGCUUGCUAGCCUUCAUCACCCUGGUCUUCAGCGGUGUCUUCUUUGUCCAGGAGAGCUUUGCCCUGCAACACGCCUCCGCCAUCUUUGAGUGGCUCUUCUGCAUCAUCAUCAUGCUCUUCUUUGGGACCUUUGCCUUUGAGUUUGGGGACAUGUCCGGGGAUACCCUUAUGGUGCUGGCCAGAGGGGGUGUCCAGGGAUUUUCCAGCAGUGACCACAAGGCCGAGGAGGCAGGAGGGCCCAACCACCACUACCAACCAGAUGGCAUAGCAAUGCUGUAGGCCUAUCAAAGGCAGGCUUCUGUGCCCACUGACCAAUCACAAACAGGGUUGGAGUGGGAAGAGUGGAUCACUGACCAAUCAUAGACCACCAAAGGGCAUGAGGACGACGCACCCUCCAAAUGGACCUGCUCGGUAUUGCA